CGGACUCAUAUUUCUCGCCUCCGCCGGCGAACAGUUUUAUUAUCUCUCUCUUUCUGCGUGUUCCAAUUUCUUCCACAAAACCCUAAUUUUCUCUUAAACCCUGAAAUUCGUGUAACCUUUCAACAAUCUCUUCAAUUUUGUUUUCGAUUCUGAAUCCAUUGUUUACGAAUCUCUCAUCUAAAGCUACAUUCUUCGUUAAAUCGUUUUUAAUCGACUCGCUCACUCGUGAGUUGACUCGUCAGCUGUUUCCAUAAUUGCUUAUUGAAUUUUUAUACGAUGAUGUUUCAAUAUGGAAGAAACUAGAGGAAUUUCUGAUCCAGAGAAUGGGAGUUCGAGUUACGGCGGUAAACCGCCGAAUCCACUCUCCUUCUCUUCUUCCUCCGCCGCUGCUGCCGUUUACAGGCAAACCUUCGACGGCGAGCGAUCGUUGGCGCCGUGUAAUAAGAGGUCACUGGUUCGACACUCAUCUCUCGUGAAGACAAUGGUGUCAGAUAUAUCUGUUGAGAAUGAGUUUACUAUAGAGAAGAACAAGUCUGAGUUUGUUCCUGCUACGCGUUCUGGAGCUUGGUCUGAUAUUGGCUCCAGGUCAAGCAUGGAAGAUGCUUAUCUAUGCGUUGAUAAUUUCAUGGAUAGCUUUGGCCUUCUGAAUUCUGAGGCUGGUCCAAGUGCCUUCUAUGGGGUAUUUGAUGGACAUGGUGGGAAGCAUGCCGCUGAGUUUGCAUGUCACCAUAUACCGAGGUACAUUGUUGAAGAUCAAGAGUUUCCUAGUGAAAUCAAUAAGGUGUUAUCUUCAGCAUUUCUUCAAACAGACACUGCCUUCUUAGAGGCGUGUUCAUUGGAUGGGAGCCUUGCUUCAGGAACUACUGCUUUGGCAGCUAUUCUUUUUGGAAGGUCGUUGGUGGUAGCAAACGCUGGAGAUUGCAGAGCAGUCUUAUCCCGUCAGGGAAAAGCCAUUGAAAUGUCAAGAGACCACAAACCCAUGAGCAGUAAGGAAAGGAGACGCAUUGAAGCAUCGGGUGGACAUGUAUUCGAUGGCUAUCUAAAUGGACAACUUAAUGUGGCUCGAGCGCUAGGUGACUUUCAUAUGGAAGGCAUGAAGAAGAAGAAAGAUGGUUCUGAUUGUGGACCUCUAAUUGCAGAGCCUGAGCUCAUGACAACAAAACUAACAGAAGAGGAUGAGUUCCUUAUAAUUGGGUGUGACGGGGUUUGGGAUGUGUUCAUGAGCCAGAAUGCUGUAGAUUUUGCCAGAAGGAGACUACAGGAGCACAAUGACCCGGUCAUGUGUAGUAAGGAGCUGGUUGAGGAAGCUUUGAAGAGGAAGAGUGCUGAUAAUGUGACGGCAGUGGUUGUGUGUCUUCAGCCACAGCCACCACCGAACUUGGUAGCGCCGAGGUUGAGAGUUCACAGAAGCUUCUCGGCGGAGGGUUUAAAAGAUUUACAGAGCUACUUGGAUGGCUUGGGAAACUAAUUGGGGGACAUGAGGAUGGUGACGAAUGAUUGAUUUCUCUGUUUUUGUUUUGUCUUUUCUUACAAUUUUAUAGUUUGGGGUUUGGAGGUUUUGUUCUGUUAAAUUCUCGCAAUUUGAGUAAGUUAUAACAUGAGGCGGCAUACAAUAAUUUAUUGUUUGAAUGACGUAUGUUAGAUAUGCAGUAAACUCGAGGGUCGGCUUUGACCACAUCGCCACUUAUCGGUUUGCGGAUGCUGGAAAAGUCAGUCUAGUGAUGAGGCUGAGUGAGCCAUCGUCAGUUACUAUUUUAUCGUGAAACUCUGAACAACGAGAUUGUCCCG